AUGUCUGAUGUGCUGGUGGUGGCUGGACAAACAGUGAAAUCUACCCCCUCACCCCCCUCACCCCCCUCACCCCCAAAUACCCCAAACACCCCAAACACCCCCAAACACUCCGCCCCGCCCCGAGCAGCCGAAAACAACAAACACAGCCUCACUCAGUGCUCGGGGUCGUGCGGUCAGGGGAAAAUGGUGCGUCAUGUGUACUGUAAGGCUCCGGAGGGUCGCGUGGUUCCUGAGAACCAGUGCUCUGCGGAGGACAAGCCGCUACCCAUCCAUCCCUGUGGGGAGAGAGACUGCUCUCCUCACUGGCUGAGUCAGGACUGGGAUCGGUGUAACACCACCUGCGGUCGUGGCGUGAAGCGGAGGAACGUCAUGUGUGUCGGCAUCAGCAGCGGAAAGUUCCAGGUGUUUGACGAGGAGGAGUGCGGCGGCAGCGAGAAGCCUGAAGAUGAAAACACCUGCUUCGAGAGGCCGUGUUUCAAAUGGUACACGACACCUUGGUCUGAGUGCACUAAGACCUGCGGCGUCGGCGUUAGGAUGAGAGACGUCAAGUGUUACCAAGGCAGGGAGCUGGUCCGAGGCUGCGACCCCCUCACCAAACCGGUGGCCAAGCAGACCUGCACCCUGCAGCCCUGCCCCACCGAGCCUCCAGAUGAGAGCUGUCAGGAUCGUCCCUCCACCAACUGCCUGCUGGCGCUGAAGGUGAACCUGUGCAGCCACUGGUACUACAGCAAGGCCUGCUGCCACUCCUGCCGCACCAUCCGACCUCCCAGCUCCUAG